UUGAUGAUUUUAAUUUUUGCCAUUGAUUGCAUAGAGACCGCGAAAAUACUUGCAGUAUUUCCCUUUACGGGCCCUUCGCAGUAUUUAUGUGUACAACCGUACUUGAAGACAUUGGCGGCGCGAGGACAUGAAGUCACUUCGAUUUCGGCAUUUCCACAAAAAACACCAAUUACAAAUUUCCGUGACAUAGUUUUGAAUGGCGUACAUGACGAUCAUGAUGAAUUAGUUAUGGAUGUAAUUGACGAAAUGGCUGGUGGUAAAUUGAAGGAACUGCAUGCCGUAUGGGAUUACAUAAUGUUGGGCUCUUUGCUGGUUUUGGAAAACGAAGAAUUUCAGCAGCUACUACGCUCCAAAGAACAUUUCGAUCUCAUUAUUAUCGAGGUGUUCCUACAGGAAUCACUCUACGCAUUGGGCGAUCACUUUAACGCACCACUGAUUGGUGUCUCUACGUUUGGCUCAGAUAUAUCUAUCGACCAAUUGGUGGAUAAUAGUUCACCAUUAGCGUAUGUGCCAUCACCCACUGCCAGAAAAUUGGAUCAUAGGAAUUUCUAUCACCGAUUGGCUAAUUUAUACGUACACACAAUGGAGCUGGCAUAUACUCAUAUGAAAAUAAUUCCAGAUCAGCAGCGUUUGUACGAGAAAUACUUUCCGAAUGCCACCGCGGAUUUAAGUGAAGUACGUCGAGAUUUCUCACUGCUGCUGUUGAAUCAACAUUACUCAUUUAACUAUGCACGUCCGUUGGUGCCGAACGCUAUCGAAGUGGCUGGCAUGCAUAUUGAUCACAAACCAACACAACUACCAACUGACAUGGAAACUUUCAUCAAUGCUUCUCCGAAUGGCGCUAUAUACUUUUCGCUCGGUUCGAAUGUGAAGAGCGUGUUUCUACGAAAGGAAAAAUUAGACGCCAUUAUGAAUGCUUUUGCCAAACUACCAGUGAAUGUUUUGUGGAAAUUUGAGAAGGAUGACUUAGCUGGCAAGCCAAAUAAUGUCUACAUCAGCAAAUGGUUUCCACAACAGGAUAUACUCGCCCAUACCAAUGUGAAACUCUUCAUAACACAUGGCGGCAUGCACAGCCUACUCGAGGCGGUCUAUCAUGGCAAACCGGUCGUAGGUAUGUCCGUCUUCUUCGAUCAACAUAUGAAUGUGGCACGCGCUGUGGCAAAGGGUUUCGGUGUGAGUUUGAACUUCAGAGAUUUCACUAGCGACGAGUUAAGCAAUGCCAUUCUUGAAGUGCUCAACAAUCGGAAAUAUGCUGUGAAGGCGAAAGAAAUCUCCACCAGUUUUCACGAUCGUCCUAUGAAACCGCUCGACACGGCGAUCUAUUGGACCGAGUAUGUGCUGAGGCAUAAGGGAGCGCCACAAAUGCGUGUGGCAGCGCGUUACUUGAACUUCUGGCAGCGACACAGUGCAGACACGAUGGCUGUGUUGUUCGGUAUACCACUGCUGUUCGUGAUUUUAAUACUUUACGUAGUAUAUAAGGUGUUCAAGGCAAUAUUGGGUAGCAAAAUUGUCGCGCAAGAUGAGAAGUCCAAGAAGGACUAA